AUGGCAGCGACUGUGACAGAAACGGAGUGGCACUUCGACCCCAGUACCACUCCCGUGACGAUACCGACGUCCACGAACGACUUGACAUCAACUAGCACUGUCGUUUCACUCACGACGACAUUUGACACCACCACUACCACGAGCCUGGCCACGCCAUCGGGUUCGUCCACGAGCAUGCCCUCCAACUCGACGUCCACGCAGUCUGACCCAUCUGAGAUGGAUGCCGGCAAGAUCGCCGCUUCUGUGCUUGGGGCUGUUCUCAUAGUCGCCAUUCUUGUCGGUGGUGCUAUCUGGCUCAGACGUCGGGAUGCCAAGAGGAAGAAGCAGCAAGAAGAGGCCAUAUUGCUGCAGCAUAGAGGCCCACAGGAGGUCGCUGUGGACCCACGGUAUAGACGAGGCACAUCGCUGUUGAACGUAGAUUUUCUACCUCAUGAGCUGUUUGACAAUCUGCUUCUGCAGAAGCGUCGAAGUGCUACGAGCGUCUCAGAGGCUAUGUUGGCAGGCAAUCACACCGAACAUGUUGGAUGGGUCAACAACCAGACUCGCGGCACCAGUGACAUAUUGUUUGGUUGCGUGUCGACAUUGGUCAUAUGCGUGUACACCGCGUUGCAUAUGAACAUCACACUGUGCAACAAAUCAAAGACAUCCAAGUUUGCCCAUCAUACCUGGUGGAUUCUGGUCGGCGUAUUCGCACCGGAGAUUAUCUUGAUAGCAGCCUCUACUCAACAUGCUGCAGCUGCACGCCUCCAACAGGAGAUCGACCGAAGACGCCGAUCAGGAGCUCUCCCAGACGACGUCAAUGACAAAAGAUGGCGGAGUGUCUUCAGCCACUUCGUACUCAUGGGCGGCUAUCAACUCGUACACAUAACGACAGAGCAGAAACAUGCACUGCGUAUGGAACCAGACUGCGUCGUCGAACUACUGGGCCAUGCACAAUUUAAACCUCUCGGCCUGCAGGAGAUCGAGGCUCGGAGCAGAGCGUCGACUUUGGCAAAGAGCCUAUCAGCCAUUCAGGCGUCUUGGUUGGCGGUCCAAGUUGCAGGUCGUUUGGGCCAAGGACUUCCUGUGACGGAACUUGAGGUCAACACCAUUGCUCAUAUCUCUUGCGCACUUCUCGCCUGGCUUUACUGGCUUCGCAAACCCUAUGAUGUCGACAGUCCGCAGGAAAUAAGGUUGGAUGAUACGCUUGGGGGCUUUGUAGCUGGUCUUUGCUUAAUGAGGCACGGAACAACUGAGCAGAUCUUCGCUGAACUGCUAUGGAGACGCACGGAAGAGUCUCAUAACAUGAGCAACGUCAACAUCUCAGAUUUUUGGGAACCUCGGCGAGUGGAACGGCGUCUAACCACCUCGACGCUUCUUGAACAUAUGUGCCAUGCUGCUGGAGACAUUGUUGUGCUGGAAUGGUCCGCUUGUGCGAACAAGCAGAAUCUAGUGCAAUAUCGCCAGCAGCGCAAAGAGGCCAAAUAUGUGCUGCUGCUCGAAUCUCGUAGCACAGCCGAGAUCGAUUGGGCUAUGAACAAUUUCGACGAGGUUUAUGGACAAGAUCUACCGCCAAUCAUUGUCAUCGCACUAGGAGACGGUGCUACCGAGGUGCUUCCUGAUCCGGGCUUCAAGCUUGAAGACAGGGGAAAAUACAUCCAUGUGGUUGCCGACCAGUUCGGGUAUCUGCUACAUCAGAGGUUCUGGACUGAGCCUGAGCUAUCUAAGUUGUUGGCAAACCUCAUCAGAAGCGUUAUGGAUUAUGCGCACCCUGAUCGUAGAGAAGUUCGCGCAUAUGGAUGCCGCAGCUUCCUGGCAACGAAAGACCCAGUCUUCCGCGAUAAUAUCUGGUCUGAUACCCCGUGGCAGACCUGGCUGACCGGCUUAGCUAUGACCGCCGUGUACGGUUCUAUACACGCGGCUCUUUGGAACGCACACUUCCCGACCGAUGAUGAACGGUGGCUGUGGAGGAUUUCUUCGAUCGUCGUUUUGAGCCCGCUCCUGAUACUUGGGAUCUGCUGGAUUGGAACAAGGGCGACGAAGCGGCUGUCUAGCCUAGUGGACUGGAUCGUAAUUCUAAUAUCAACCCCGUUAGUGCCGCUGGCCCUCCCUGCAGCAAGGCUUUUCCUCGUGGUCGAGUCAUUUAUCAGCCUCCGCAGCCAGCCGAUUGAGGUCUACCAACAGGUGAAUUGGACACAGUACAUCCCACACAUCUGA